AUGCUCCACACCGCUCGCAUAAUCGCCACAAAACGUUCCGUUCGACCCCUUGCAUCGUUGACUACAGCGCGUCGUUUCUUACAGGCAACCUCGUUCCGACAUGAAGAAAAGACAAUCAAGAUCGCCAACCAAACAGUACCCGCUGAAGCACCAGCUGAUGCCUCGUCUCAAAGCACUAUGGAUCUCUUUGUCAACAUGUUUGAUCGUGGACCGAAUGUUGGCGUGGAAGUUAUUACCAAGGAUGGCUUCGUGCUCUCAAACAAUGUACAGAUACGCAAUCCUCUCGUCUUAUUGAACGGCUCGGCUUUCCUAUGGCAGGUGCCCCAAGAUGCAUUUCAAUUUGACAAGCCUAUUUCACUUGAUGCAUUUAAAAUCUUCGAGGUUGCUUCACCAAAGCCAGAAUUGGUAUUACUCGGUACAGGCAAGAACUUUACACCAAUCCCGCCAUCCAUCCGUGAAUACUUUUAUAAGCUUGGAAUCCAGGUUGAUCAAAUGAACACGAAACAUGCAGCAGCUACGUACAAUGUGCUUGCAGAGGAAGGUCGUCGGGUAGCAGCAGCUUUAUUACCAGUAGAAUCCAAACAAUAA